CUGAAAGGAUUAGACAAUGUCGCCAGUUCACAAACCGGCUUUCCUCAGGCGUUGACUGUGGCGAGGCUAGGCCUCUCUCAAGAGAAUCCGUUUUCCCGAAUCAAUGCGCGAAUUUCCUUUCCAUUCCAAUUCCCAGAAAAGGUACAAGUAAUCCCCCUACCGAACUAUGUAAUUACGGUCUUUGUUCCGGAUGGCGCACAUCAGAAAAAGACGACGGCAAGCCAUGGAAGGCGUUGGGGACCAAGAUAUCGUCUCGUUAACUCUUCUCAAUGUAAUCGACGACUCCGACUUGCAAACUUGUCAUUGAGUUCUGAUGGUAGAACCGGGCGGAAGAAAAGCAUGAAAGCAGAUUCAAUAGAAGGCGGUACUUACUGUGCUGCUAAGGGUAAAUCACCUGAAUCAGGGCUAGAGACUAAGAGUGAUUAUGAAAGCUUUCCCCUGACUGAACCCAACGAAGCGAAGCGAAGUGAGACUCAAAGAACGAAGCGAAGACUGAGCGAGCUUCUCUUAGCACUGAGGACUGAAGUUACGGAACAAACCGAAGCUUUAGCUACAACUGUAGCGCGCGCUUUAGCUGCAUUAGCUGCAUUUCAAAGCUUUUAG